CGAUAGCUGCCAGAGAUGGAAAGUGGUCCAUUCAACCGACGGUCCUGGGCGGCACAGUCCCUGCGUGUCACUGCGAAGGAGCUGUCACUCAGCGGCCGAGGGAAAAACAAUGCCAUUGCUGAACGCUUUUCCAAGUACCAGAGAGCUGCUGAGGUGUCCAGUGCCGAGAAGAAAAAAGGAUCUUCUGAGAGUGCAUCCCCGUCACUGCGGUCUGGCAACCUCAGUGCUCUGAAGAAGCGCUGGGAGCAGGCACAGGAGAAGCCUUCUUCUGUCCCACCUCCUAUCCAGUCCAGAACUCGCUCCAGGCCACCUGCUCUGGCCAGGCCGCCUUCUAUCACUGAGCCCUGUCCUCCAGUAAAGAGCCCCGGCCUGCCAACCCAUCAGGGAGGUCCGCUCAAAGAUAGUCGUGUCCUGCAGCCCGCAGCAGCUCCACAAGAAUCCAAAGGUGAAGAGCAGAGAGGGAUGGACAGGGAUGAGCUGACACACCAUGCAGGACCUGAAAAGCUUGAUGAGCAAGUUCCAACCAGCCCGUGUGCCUCUUAUGAAAAACCCAGAGUGCCACUGACCAACCUGAAGAUGAAGUUUGAGAGGGGAGAGGAUACCAUGGGAAAGGGUGCCAGAACAACACUACGCAGUACUUCAUCAGACGACAUGGACCAACAUGGUGGGCUGACUGUGCAUGACAGAGUUCUGGAUUCCACAUCAAUGAAGGACAAGAUGGCCAAAUACCAGGCUGCUGUUUCUAAACAAGGCCCCUCCUCCCGCUCUGCUUUGGCCCCAGAGGUGCCUGCUCCUAAAACAUCUGCACCAGUAAAUCAGAACCACAAUCCUGCGACUGAGUGCAAUGGGGAGAGCAGCGAGCAACCCAAAGCAUCAAGGAAGUUCACCCCACCGGUGAGGGAGACGUGCAUCGCUUGUCUGAAGACGGUGUACCCUCUGGAGAGACUGAUGGUUCUUCAGCAUGUCUACCACAAAUGUUGCUUCCGCUGUGAUCACUGCAGCACAAAGCUCAGUCUUGGGAACUAUGCCUCUCUGCAUGGCACCGUCUACUGCAAGCCCCAUUUCAACCAGCUGUUUAAAGCUAAAGGCAACUACGAUGAGGGCUUUGGCCAUCGGCCUCACAAGGAGCUUUGGGAGCCUCGUGCCGAUGGAGACCAAGGUGAGGAAGAGGUGACGCCAAAAGAACAAGAGGAACCAGCAGUGGUGACGCGUCCAGCUGAGAGUGUCUCAGACAAACAGGAGACCCCAACUGUUGAAACCUCCCCACAGGUUAAGGUAACCGACAUGACCGCCUUACUGGAGACCCGUGUGCAGACUAGUGCCCGGUCUGGUGAGAAGCUUGAGUCUACGGAGAAGCUGGCUGAGAAACGCAGGCUGAGGAUCGCCUGGCCUCCGGCUGGUGAAGGCCAGUCCGGGACAGAAGCACUUAGUCCAGUCACGGAGGGAGUUUCUUCAGGCCGACCCUGGAGAGCCAAGUGGCCACCAGGGGACGAGGCGCCAUCAUCAUCAUCAUCCUUCCAGAGCUCAGAGCGAGCUGAACUGAAGAGCUUGAGGAGGAGCUCUUCUCUAAAGGAGCGCAUUCGGCCUUUUACAAUCGCAGCUAAGCCCAGCCCCGCAACCAGUCUGGCACCCAGGGAACCUCGCCGCCCUCUCAAAUCCCUGCUGGAUUGGAGAGCAUCAUUCGAGGAACAACAUCCAUCUGAAGAACCAACCGAGCAAAAUAAGCCGGAGCCUCAGCAGAGGAAACAGCAGGAGAGAAAAGAGAAGACGAGGCCCCAAAUUCAGAGCCACGGCGCAGCAAAUGGAAGCGGGGCCAUCUUAGAGGAGGACGCAGAGACGGAGCAACAGGAAGAGAGAGACAAACAAGUACAGAGAGGAAAGGCAGCAGCAGACAAGAUGGCGACAGAAGAAGGCUCUCUUAGAAGCAUCUCCCCGGAAAUCUCACCAUCCACUUCUCCACCUUUACAGCCAAAACCGAACCGCGCCUCCCAGGAUGUGGGCUUCUGGGAGGAGGACAAGGAAGGAAGUGAUGCAGAGGAGCUGAGUGCAGAGGAUAUAAUCAAGAGGAACCGCUACUAUGACGAGGAGGAGGAGGAGGAAGAGGACUCAUAGGAAAAACUUGCAGUCUUUCGGUCACGUCCAUCCACCAUAUUACACUUUCUCAGUUUCUUGGUAGAUCACAAAUGUAGGAGAAUGUUAUAGGAGAGGUUUAAACAUUUGUAAUAGGUCUGCAUGUGUGCAUUUAUAUUCCAAUAACUGCCUUUAAUUGUUAAGUGCAAAUAUUUGAUUUUUUUAUAUACUUUAAUUAUACUGAACUAUAUCUAAUACAGCUUUUAUAUGACUCCUGAUUAUACUGGAAGAUGGGCUUCUAUUAAAUUGAAUCAUCUCUUAAUAAUUUUAUGCACAAUCAGUGGCGUCUUAUUUGCAGGUGGUGUGUCCAAAAACCUUUAUACUUCAUACAGCACUUUAAGUGCUUAUUAAUGCCAGACAGAACCCUUCUGCAUCCAGUAAAACAGUCGUAAUGUCUAUUUUUGCUCUUGCUAUAAUGCAAAAAAUACCUACAUUUGUUAUACCAAAAAGCACACACCAGUACUGUUUUUUUAAGAGGUUUUUGGAGAGUAAAUGUCUUGGCCUUUUGUAGUUUAGAUUUUUAUAUAUUGCCUGAAUUUAAAUUGUAAAUUGGAAUAAAUGCUAAACAGAACCUGAAUGACAAUGCUCUUAACAAUGCUCUACUUACUUUUAACAGUUACUGGAAAUGUUUAAAUACUAUAGAGCAGACACUAUGCAGUCUCCUGCUUUGACUGUUAUUCAGCCAUUACCUUCUCCCAGUCAGUCAUAACACUGUCCUGUAGGGGCUCUCUGGUUUUGUAGAGAAUUGGCCUGGUCCUGGUCAAAAUCUGCUGCUGAACUGUUCUAGUUACAAUAGCAAUAAAAGUUGAAAAUAUUAUUAAUAAAGGUUUCUACUGACCGCUACGCUUUCAGUCUAAGAGCAAAUUAAUCAUCUCUUUGGGCCUUCUGGACGUGUGUUUAACAUUUUCAUAUGUGAUCCACUUUGUACGUAAAACACUUGUUUUAAAAUGUGCCGUGAAAUUUAUGUUUGCCCUGCCGAAUAUAUUUUUUAAUAAUUUGUAUAAUGACACAUUGGGCAUUACAGUCUGACCUGUUUUUGAAACACAAUUAAAAUUACU